AUGGAGUUCGUGGUCGAGAUCCAGUGGUUAGCUAGUAGCUAUGGUGAUUCUAGGUUGCAUAGCUCCUUAUCAGGAGAAGCUAUCAUAUGCGAAGCCUGUCGGGAGAAGAUAUCAGGAGAAGCUUAUCGGGAGAAGCUAUCAGGAGAAGCUUAUCGGCAGAAAGCUAUCAGGAGAAGCUUAUCGGAAGAAGCUAUCAGGAGAAGCUUAUCGGAAGAAGCUAUCAGGAGAAGCUUAUCGGAAGAAACUAUCAGGAGAAGCUUAUCGGGAAAAGCUAUCAGGAGAAGCUUAUCGGAAGAAGCUAUCAAGAGAAGCUUAUCGGAAAAAGCUAUCAAGAGAAGCUUAUCGGAAGAAGCUAUCAACUAUGAAUCCUUUUUGUCUUGUAUGAAGCUUCUAUGCUUGUUUUGGGGCUUAUUUGCUUCUAAGCUUUUAAGCUCUUUGACUUCCUUUGGUGUUUUAAAGGUGAACAGUGAACACCCGUUAGCCAAGGCUAUUGUAGAAUACGCGAAGAAAUUUAGAGGAGACGAAGAGAACCCGGUAUGGGCAGAAGCGCAAAACUUCGAAUCGAUAACGGGUCAUGGUGUACGGGCCAUUGUUCAGAACAAAGAAAUAAUAGUGGGAAACAAGAGUUUGAUAUUGAAGAAAAAUAUUAAUAUCUCCAUUGAUGCUGAAGAAAUCUUGACGGAAAUUGAAGAAUUGGCGCAGACCGGAAUUCUUGUAUGUAUAGACGGUCAACUCACUGGAGUUCUUGCCAUUUCUGACCCGUUAAAGCCCGGUGCUCGUGAAGUCAUCUCCAUACUUGGGUCAAUGAAAGUCAAAAGUAUAGUGGUUACUGGAGACAACUGGGGAACUGCGAAUUCCAUUGCUAAGGAGGUCGGGAUAGAUGAUGUCAUCGCUGAAGCGAAACCGGAGGACAAAGCAGAGAAAGUGAAGGAGUUACAGGCUUUGGGACACGUGGUGGCGAUGGUAGGAGACGGGAUCAAUGACUCGCCAGCACUGGUGGCUGCGGAUGUCGGGAUGGCUAUAGGUGCUGGCACAGACAUAGCGAUAGAAGCGGCCGACAUUGUGUUAAUGAAAAGCAAUCUAGAAGAUGUGAUCACAGCCAUUGAUCUCUCCAGAAAAACAUUCACUCGGAUCCGGUUAAACUACAUCUGGGCUUUGGGGUACAACCUUCUCGGGAUUCCAAUUGCCGCUGGUGUUCUUUUUCCGUUCACUGGAUUCCGCCUGCCACCUUGGAUUGCUGGAGCCGCCAUGGCGGCCUCGUCGGUGAGUGUGGUGUGUUGCUCUUUGUUGUUGAAGUAUUACAAAAGGCCCAGGAUGCUGGAGACAUUGGAGAUGCAAGGAAUAACAACUGUUUGAAUGAUGGUAUAUAUAAGUAAU